AAUUACAUUCGUGGCAUAUACAAUGGCUCGUCAGCAGAUGAAGAGAUCUUGGCUGCUUCAACUACAAUUCAAGAUCUUUUUAUACAAUAUUUUGAAAAUAAUGGGCUAGCUUAUGAUAUAGUACCAUUUACUGGUCGCUCUGAUUACGGUCCUUUUAUGGAUGUUAAUAUACCAGCUGGUGGUCUUUUCACUGGUGCUGGAUCAUUGAAGACUAAAGAGCAGUAUGAGGCUUAUGGUGGCCUUGUUAAUGCUCCAUUAGAUCCUUGCUAUCAUAAAUUUUGUGACAACAUCCAAAAUAUUGCUGCAGACGUGUUUGAAGACAUGACUAGGGCUGCUGCUUACGUUAUUGAGACUUUGUUCGAACAAGAUGAUCUCAGAGAAUACCUGGAGAAUGGUAUUAACAUCUGAUUCUAUAGUGGCCCCUCACUCUAUUAAACUCUAUUUUUUAAGUGUAUAUGUAAUUUCAUUUAAUACUGCUAUGACCUUUGCUGAACUAAGCUAAAUUACUAUAACUUGUGAACACUGAUAUCUAUUGUGCGCUUUUUGUGUAGUUCCAGACACUCUAAGCAGUGGAACUAAAUUUUUGCUUUUGUCGUGCAUUUAAGCACAUUGCCACUUCAUUCA